AUGAAUUAUUAAAAUUUAUUUACGUGUUAAGAUGUAGCACAUGAAGGAUAAGAAAUUUAAGGAUUCUGUUUAAAUAUAAAUUGUAAAGAGUCAAGAUCUUAGUUUUGUCUAUUAUGUGCAGCAGAUCUAAAGAAACAUAUAACAUGCAAGAAAGAUCUCAAACCAUUUGGGUAGAUUUCAACAUAUAUUACUCAAUUUGAUGAGGUAUUGCUUAAUUUGUCUAAUCGUUUGAAUAAUUGUUAUACAUAAGUUAGCAAUAAUUAUUAAGAAUUUUCUAAAUAAUCAGAAACUUUAAAAACAUAAUUAGGAAACACUCUAAAUAAUCUUAAAAAUGAAGAUUAUUAAUAGAUCAAAGAUGAUAUGUUUUUUAUUAGAGAAUUGUAUUAAUAUCUAUUUCAUCCGGAUGAGGUUACAAAAUAAAACAAAACUGGUAUUUAUAUAUUUCUAAUAUAAAUAGGAAGUUUAUUAAGAAAUGUAGAAAAAAUGGUUAAUGCUAUGAAUUUAGAUUAAGGAUAUUAAUAAGAAAAUCUAGAGUUCUAAUAAAAAGGUUUUUCUUUUUAUUUAAUAUUCAAUUAGGAAUUCUAUUAUUAAAUAAAUAAAAUUGGAAGGAAGCAAAUGAAUCAUUUUCGAAGCAAAUAUAAAUAUUAGAGAAAAAAAUAUCAUUUUCUCUAUUCUUUUAAUGUAAAUAUAAUUGUUAUAAUAAAUAUUAUAGGUAUUGCAUUAUUAGAAAUGAAUUAGCCAGGAAAAGCAAUUUAAUUAAGAGAAAAAGCUAAAAAGUUGAAUAAUAGCUUAUUUAGAGAUUUAUUGGAAUUAUCAGAUUAAGAAUUAUAUAAAAAUCCAAAAAAUACUGCUAUGUUAAUUACUAAAAGUAAGAACACAAUUAAUUAAAUAGGUUAUGCAUUAAAUGAUGACAAAAAGUAUGAGAAAGCAAUUUUAGAAUGCGAAAAAAUAUUGAAAGAAAAUCCCAACCAUCUUCAUGCAUUAUAUAGAAAAAGUAAGAAUUAAUAAAAUAAAAUAGGUGCAUCAUUAUCAGCUUGGAAUCAUUAAACAUAAUCCAUAGCAUGGAUUGAUAAAGUACUCCUAAUUUCAAAAAAUUAUAGUUUAGGCCAUUUUUAGAAGGGUAAUUUAUUAUCUUCUACUUUAAAGGAUGUUCNAGAUAAAAAAAGAAAAUUAAUAAAUUAAAUAAUGAAUUAUUAAAAUUUAUUUACGUGUUAAGAUGUAGCACAUGAAGGAUAAGAAAUUUAAGGAUUCUGUUUAAAUAUAAAUUGUAAAGAGUCAAGAUCUUAGUUUUGUCUAUUAUGUGCAGCAGAUCUAAAGAAACAUAUAACAUGCAAGAAAGAUCUCAAACCAUUUGGGUAGAUUUCAACAUAUAUUACUCAAUUUGAUGAGGUAUUGCUUAAUUUGUCUAAUCGUUUGAAUAAUUGUUAUACAUAAGUUAGCAAUAAUUAUUAAGAAUUUUCUAAAUAAUCAGAAACUUUAAAAACAUAAUUAGGAAACACUCUAAAUAAUCUUAAAAAUGAAGAUUAUUAAUAGAUCAAAGAUGAUAUGUUUUUUAUUAGAGAAUUGUAUUAAUAUCUAUUUCAUCCGGAUGAGGUUACAAAAUAAAACAAAACUGGUAUUUAUAUAUUUCUAAUAUAAAUAGGAAGUUUAUUAAGAAAUGUAGAAAAAAUGGUUAAUGCUAUGAAUUUAGAUUAAGGAUAUUAAUAAGAAAAUCUAGAGUUCUAAUAAAAAGGUUUUUCUUUUUAUUUAAUAUUCAAUUAGGAAUUCUAUUAUUAAAUAAAUAAAAUUGGAAGGAAGCAAAUGAAUCAUUUUCGAAGCAAAUAUAAAUAUUAGAGAAAAAAAUAUCAUUUUCUCUAUUCUUUUAAUGUAAAUAUAAUUGUUAUAAUAAAUAUUAUAGGUAUUGCAUUAUUAGAAAUGAAUUAGCCAGGAAAAGCAAUUUAAUUAAGAGAAAAAGCUAAAAAGUUGAAUAAUAGCUUAUUUAGAGAUUUAUUGGAAUUAUCAGAUUAAGAAUUAUAUAAAAAUCCAAAAAAUACUGCUAUGUUAAUUACUAAAAGUAAGAACACAAUUAAUUAAAUAGGUUAUGCAUUAAAUGAUGACAAAAAGUAUGAGAAAGCAAUUUUAGAAUGCGAAAAAAUAUUGAAAGAAAAUCCCAACCAUCUUCAUGCAUUAUAUAGAAAAAGUAAGAAUUAAUAAAAUAAAAUAGGUGCAUCAUUAUCAGCUUGGAAUCAUUAAACAUAAUCCAUAGCAUGGAUUGAUAAAGUACUCCUAAUUUCAAAAAAUUAUAGUUUAGGCCAUUUUUAGAAGGGUAAUUUAUUAUCUUCUACUUUAAAGGAUGUUCUUUAAAUUUACAGGGAAAUUACUAAGAUGCAAUAUAUAGUUUUGAUAAAGCUAUAUAAAUAGAUCCCAAUUACAUAAAUGCUUAUAUUUACAGAGGUUUAUAAUAUAUUUCUAAAUUUAAAUAGGUGAAACAUUAAAUAAUCUAAAAAAAUAUAAUGAGGCAAUUGCUUGUUAUGAUAAGGCUAUUGAAUUAGAUCCAAAUUGUAUCAUUGCUUACAUUAAUAAAGGUAUAGAUAUCUUAAUAAAUUUUAAAAGGUGCUAUGUUAGAUGAAAUUAAGAAAUAUAGUGAUGCUAUUAAUUGUUAUAAUAAAGCUAUUGAAUUAGAUCCAAAUUGUGCUUAGGCUUAUAAUAAUAAAGGUUUUAUUUAAUUUUUAUUAAAUUAGGAGGUUCUUUAGAGUAUAAAGGAAAAUAUGAAGAUGCCUUAAAAUAAUAUGAUUUGGCAAUUUAAAUAGAUCCGACAUUAGUAAACGCUUAUAAAAAUAAAGGUAUUUACUUACAUAUAUGUAAAAAGGAAGUUUAUUAACUCAAAAGAAGAAAUAUUAAUUAGCCAUAGAAACUUAUGAGCAAGCAAUUAAACUUUGCAAAUAAGAAGAAAAUUAAUUCUACGAUCUAAUUGCUUUAUUAAAAAAUAAAAAAUGAAAACUUUCACAAC